AUGUCUUGCAGUGACUGUCGACUAACUUCAUUAUAUUUAUUUGUAACAUGUUUUUAUGGAUUAACAAAUGCCUAUAUGGUAAAAAACCAUCCAUGUUGCCAAGAGCCAAGCGAAAACCUGACACUAGCAAUGGUGAUUGACGCCUUUGAGAUAUAUGGACAUGACCCCACCGACAAGUUGGAUCAUUUGGCCCACUACCAAAUUGAAAUGAUGAAGAUCAAGCGAGCGCCAGAUCAAUACAUCAUAAACGAACACGUUCAUAUAGCAACAGAUCAUCUGGGAAGGUUCAUCAACAUGCAUAUUAAGGAACUCAAGGUAUUGCUGAUAUCAUUAGAGGAUGCCAUAGACAACAUGCUGACUAUGUACGACAAUCAUAACGCUAUAAAAACAGAAAGGGUGGCUACGUACAACGCCGCUGGUGGCGGUGCCGUGCCAUCAGAGUUCUAUCUUAGCCAAGAAUACUAUUGCGGCAGGAAUGUUUACAUUUUCUUGUCAGAGUUAUACAGUGAUAUUUACAACAUGGGGCGAGGGCCGGCCCCCUACUGCAAGGGUCGGGCCUUCCACUUUAUAGGCUUUGUCCACUUAAUGGACGACAAGCAUUACUUCUUGGAAGAGGAUCCUAAUAUAGUAUUUCAGAUGGACAACUUUUUACAUGGACUGGAGUGUCAUCUAGGAAUAUGUAUAUUCAGAUUUCCGUUUAAGAAGAAUUUGCAGCAUAUCCGCGAUGUAUCCACUUUACCUAAAGCUAUUGUGAAAUGUGGUACGGAUAUGUAUAAGUUGCCACCUUUAACAGCUGCAUCCUGCAUCAUCACAUCAGGAUCCUUUAUUCUCGACUUUAAUAUACAGGGUAUAAGGUUCAGGCAUUAUGACUAUUUACUAACUAUACCUAAUGGACACACAUUUUAUACCAAAGAGAGUAAUUCUCCAUUAGUUUGCGAUCACCAUGUCUGCGAGUGGAAUAACACAAACUUCUAUGGAGGUCCUUUCAUAAUACCGGGAGACCCAGGAACUGGACUAUCUCCUAUUCCACCAUUCCUGGAGCAAACGACAGAGACGCCAUUCACCACUACAGAGCCAGGGACUAUAGAAUCAAACGUUACAUAUACUUUGGAUGGCUGCUGGUUUAUGUUCCCUCCGAACUAUGGAUCAAUCGCAGGGGUCAGUUAUUUGGACCCACUUACUGUCAACGAAUAUAGAUUCACCUGCCAAGGGUCCGGGAAUAAGGGUCUUUACUGGUACCCGCAAUGGAUGGGCGUGCCACCUCACCAUCCGUACCCACAGUCUGGAGACGUCCCCAGCGACAUCCAGCAGGUGGCGCCUGGUAUCUUCUAUCCUCACCAGCAAGGCCAGAUACCGCCCAAGAUGAUGAUGCCAGAUCCAUCGAAACACGCUUAA